CGCUUCCACCUCCCAUUCGGACCAGUCAGUACACACAAAAUCUGCCUCUGUCAUAUCAUCUGAUUCAGUCUCCACCUCCACAGACAACUUUUCUCCAGAUCUCAAGAUCCUUUGACAAAUGAAAAAUGGCUACUGUAGACGAGAAGGACACUCCCUUCCCACCCAUACACUCACACUAUCAGAUGCAGUAAAGUAUUACUGGCCCUGAGGGAAACUAAUAAAUUGGCUGAAAUGGAAGAACCUCCUUUGCUUCCAGGAGAAACCAUUAAGGACAUGGCCAAAGAUGUAACUUACAUCUGCCCUUUCACUGGAGCUAUUAGAGGAACCCUGACGGUUACAAAUUACCGGCUGUAUUUCAAAAGCAUGGAAAGGGUAAGCUUUGACCCUCCAUUUGUCCUGGAUGCUUCUUUAGGUGUCAUCAACCGAGUAGAGAAAAUUGGAGGUGCUUCCAGCCGUGGGGAGAAUUCUUAUGGACUGGAGAUAGUAUGCAAGGAUAUUCGAAACCUACGGUUUGCUCAUAAACCGGAGGGACGAACUAGACGGUCCAUAUUUGAGAACCUAAUGAAAUAUGCCUUUCCGGUAUCCAAUAAUUUGCCCCUUUUUGCAUUUGAAUACAACGAGGUGUUUCCAGAAAAUGGAUGGAAGGUAUUUGACCCUGUUUUGGAGUACAAAAGACAGGGAAUUCCCAAUGAAAGCUGGAGAGUGACCAAGAUAAAUGAACGCUACGAGCUGUGUGAUACGUAUCCUGCCACUCUUGUUGUGCCUGUAAAUAUUCCAGAUGAGGAAUUGAAGAGAGUGGCAUCUUUUAGAUCCAGGGGUCGCAUACCAGUAUUGUCGUGGAUUCAUCCAGAAAGUCAAGCUACAAUCACACGUUGCAGCCAGCCAAUGGUUGGAGUGAGCGGGAAGCGAAGCAAAGAUGAUGAAAAGUAUCUUCAGUCCAUCAUGGAUUCCAAUGCCCAGUCCCAUAAGAUUUUCAUAUUUGAUGCAAGGCCUAGUGUUAAUGCUGUUGCCAAUAAGGCUAAAGGAGGAGGCUAUGAAAGCGAGGAUGCCUAUCAGAAUGCAGAAUUGGUCUUCCUGGACAUUCACAACAUUCAUGUUAUGAGAGAAUCAUUGAGAAAAUUGAAGGAGAUAGUAUAUCCUAACAUUGAGGAGACUCAUUGGUUAUCCAACUUGGAAUCAACUCAUUGGUUAGAACAUAUUAAGCUAAUUCUCGCUGGAGCCCUUCGGAUUGCUGAUAAGGUGGAAUCGGGGAAGACGUCCGUGGCUGUGCACUGCAGUGACGGCUGGGACCGAACAGCCCAGCUCACUUCUCUGUCCAUGCUCAUGUUGGAUGGCUACUAUCGGACAAUAAGGGGAUUUGAAGUGCUUGUGGAGAAGGAAUGGCUGAGUUUUGGGCACAGAUUUCAGCUGAGAAUUGGCCAUGGAGAUAAGAAUCAUGCAGAUGCUGACAGAUCUCCUGUUUUCCUCCAGUUCAUUGACUGUGUCUGGCAAAUGACAAGACAGUUUCCUACAGCCUUUGAAUUCAACGAGUACUUCCUGAUAACCAUUCUGGACCACCUGUACAGUUGUUUGUUUGGAACAUUCCUGUGUAGCAGUGAGCAGCAGAGGGUGAAAGAGAGCCUUCCAAAAAAGACUGUCUCACUGUGGUCCUACAUCAAUAGCCAGCUUGAAGACUUUACAAACCCCUUGUACGUGAGCUACACCAACCAUGUGUUGUAUCCAGUAGCCAGCAUGCGCCAUCUAGAGCUUUGGGUGGGAUAUUACAUCAGAUGGAAUCCAAGGAUGAAACCACAGGAGCCUGUUCACAAUCGAUACAAAGAACUUCUUGCAAAGCGGGCCGAGCUGCAGAAGAAGGUGGAGGAGCUCCAGAGAGAAAUAACUAACCGAUCAACCUCCUCCUCAGAGAGAGCUGGCUCUCCUGCCCAAUGUGUGGCUCCUGUGCAGACAGUUGUAUAAUGACUUUUCUAUUAAGUACUUUCCAGGACCAUGAUAUAAGGGCAGCUUUUCUAGCAGGAGACCCUCUGAAGUUAAAACCUGGUGUCUAGGAGAUGCCGAUUUAUUUAUUAUAUUUCUCUCCAGGGUUAUUUAUUAGUACUGUAACAUUAAUGGAAACUUAAGCAAAAUCAUGCCCCCUAUGCAAUUAGUUUUCUUAGUGGCUAGAUUACUAUAAAACUACAAAUUGCACCAAAAACAAGAUGCAGAGCUCUUGUUCACAUAUCUGUUAGAAACUACUUUGCUUUCAGUGAGGGACAGUGCAUUGGAAGGAACAUUUAUAUAGGAAAAGUGUCUACACAGGAGAAGUCUGACAAGUCUCCAUUUUGCUGGAACAGAUACAGACUAAAGAGGGAAUAAGCAGACUUCUUAUCGGUUUCAAAGCCUGGACUGCAGCUGUGUUGAACGAUUGGACUUCUGUGUCAGUUUACAUGCAAAAAUGUCAAAACUGAAAUGUUGCCAACAUAUGAAAUUCCAAGAGAACCCUAAAUACAGAAUGUUUCCUAUUGACUAAUUUGUUCUUUCCCAUCACAUAGGAAGUUGGACCAUGUAUUUAGGCUUUGCUUUUGUCUGGAGGUAUGCAAGAGCUUAAAUCAAUGUCAGCUUCUUUUUAAGAUAUAUUCCUAAUAAAGCAAAGUGAUACCUUAUCUACAGGAAAGGCAUCUUCAACCAGGAGGGUAUGGGAAUAGAUGAAUUACCACUAUCCCUCAAGUUGUCCUUUUUAGGGAAGAGUUUAUCUUUAGAUAUCGUGUAUUAUUUACAUCAGUUAAUUCCAUUAAACUAAUCUUAAACCACUUUUAUAAAGGAUGGGGCAGGAAACAACUCCCCUGUAGUUUCUGCAGCUAUUUCUUUCCCAUGCCUCAUACCCAAGAGAUGGCAAAUGCAACAUAUACUGGAAUUGGUUGUUUCAUUUUGCUUAGGUAAGUGUAAACUGUUAUUUAAUGUUUUGGUGCAGGAUCAUGGUGAUGUGUUCAUAAUUCAUGCUGUAUUUUAUUUUUCUGUUUACUGAUGACAGCAAAUAUAUUGACCAAAGAAAACCUUCCACAUGUAUUACAAUCACACUGUAAAGUGAAUGGUCAGUUGGCUGAGUUGUUUAGUCUGCUAGAGUAAUAUUUUAGCACUUGCUUAAAUGUGUUUUGUUCUGAGAGAGGGAGAGUAUAGUGUAUUUAAAGAGUCUUGUUACCUGCACAGUGGUCAAUUAAACUUUAUCCAAAAUCAACUGUAAUGCAUAAUUUCAUUGCAGAAAACAGAAGUGAAGACUUGUUAUUUUUUGUAGUUACUUGCAAACAGUGAAUUUUCCAGAGCAUCUUUCCAUAUAAGUGAUAGGGACUUCUCAAUAAAGGUCCAUAUAUUUGCAUCGGGUUGUGGGGGGUUACUUUGCCCCCACAUCUCAUUUCCAUAGUAAGCAAGAGGCUCACUACUGAGACUUCAGUUUUGGUACUGUACUGUCUGAGCUCUUCCAUUAGUCCAUCAAGCAGCUACACACCUGUCACAUGUAUUCUUUCACCUCUCACAGAGAGAAGCAUGCACAGCAGAAUGUUUUUGUUUGGGCAGUUAAAAAAAAGUUUGGCUGACUGGGAGUCAGCUGCUCUCACAUCACUGAAAAGGUGGACUUCUUGAAAGAGAGUCUACCUUCCGUCAGAAGCCUCUAUCUUUUCUCUUCGCCACUACUUUCUACUGUCACUAUCAACAGAUCUACAUAGACAAGCCACGCUAUGAAGUGAACAGCACACUUGAGUUUUAUAAACCUGGCUCUCUAAGUCUUUAAAAAGUUUUGCCUAAACUUUGAUUUCUGUGUUGCAAAAAAUCAAAACAGAUUCUGGAUGAGAAGGCUGUGUUCAGUUCAUUGUUCAUAAGGACAUACUCUUCCAGUCUCUAGUAUAAGAUGAUCCUUAUGUAGCAAUACCCUCACCGUGCAAAUUCAGUAGGGAAGAAUUCUUGUUUCUUAAAGUGGAGGACUUUUUCCUUAACAAAAAUAAAAUAAAAUCAGUGAACAGGUAAGUUAUUUCUUUACCUUGCUUCCAAAUGUAUUUAUUUAGAAAACUUUAAUGCUGUCUUUUAGCCCUAAUAGUAAAGUAACAAUUUUUGAUGCCUUGAAACUUAUGUGGAAGUUUCUCUUCUCCCUCUUAUUCUUACAGAUGCUUGUAAUAUUCAAGCUCCCUAGUUCUGGAAUUGUUGCACCCUUUGAACUAUUCUAGUAAGAUAGUUUUUACAUCUAAGUGUUCUUGUCUAGUUGUAACUAGCUUGUUCAUUUUGAUUUACAUAUAAUAGCUAUGAAAUAUUUAGUGGCUCAAAUGUGGAGGCCAUUGGAGAAACUUACAUUCAAAUACUUCAACUUCUAGUUUUAUACCUCUCUUUCAACCAUGCAGGAAAGUUUUUAGACCACUGCUACAGGCACUACCACCUCCUUGUGCCUGUGUUGGGUGCAGAUCUUGAGCAUGUUCAGUGUGUGCCUUCUGAAUCAGGCCCCUGAAAAUGUAUACACCACAGAAACAAAGCCAUGGCCAGGCCCAUUCAUACCUUGUCUACCCUCUGAGGGUAGUCUUGAGACCCGUUACCAGGCCAAGGCCUGCAG